CAAGAGACGGUUUCCAGGUAGUUGCUGCUAGGAUGCGAGUGCCAUAGCCAUGUGGCUUCUGCCUAUCGCGGGAUGCGCAUAGGCAGACACUUUCUUUGGACGGUUCUUCCUUUUCAAGCCCUUCUAAGUUUGGCUUAUUUGGGCUUUUGCGAUUCUACCUGGAAGUACUGCGUGUCUUUCGACGAGAUUAUCCGCUCAUCGACGGAGCAGCUGCGCGGAACCGUAGAUGUGGCUCCGCCCGCGCGCCAGGGUACCUCAUCGACGGAGCAGCUGCGCGGAUCCGUAGAUGUGGCUCCGCCCGCGCGCCAGGGUACCGAUGUCAAUGGCACUGGCUCAUUUGAAACUGAAAUCAUUGUCAAUAGCAGCUCCAAUGUUUCCAACGGCAAGGGCAGCAACGCCAGCAAUGACGACAACGCCAUGGACCUUGCCCGCCAAAGCGCAGACCUUGCCCGGCAAAGCACAACAAGCCUUGCCCCAAUUCAGCUUGCCCCAAUUGGGCUUUUGAGGGAUCAUUUGGUUCUUGCAAUGGGAGAUGUGGGUCGGUUUAAUCCGCAAAACGGCACCUAUCGCUUGAAUCGCGCAUUCUGGGAGUGCUACAGCAAGAAGUGGGGCGCGUCAGUGCUUUUUAUUGACCCGCGACGUUUUGAGAAAUGCCAGCUCCACACAGACUGGUUUUUCAGAAGGGUCUGUGCAGUGGCAUCCCUGGUCGAAGCUUUCGUGCGCGACAGCAAGGAGAAUGUGUCAGAGACCGCGGACUCUUUCGGCCUUCCGGUGGCUCCUCGCUGGAUCUUCCAUUUGGACGGUGACUCCAUGCUCAGCAACCUGGAUCUGCCCCUGAGCGACUUCACCGUACCCUGGGACCGCGAGGGCAAGAGCCUGGUCUUCUACGAGCGCUUCCACAAUGGAGAGAUCGCCGCCGGGAACUACGCCCUGCGGGUGUCUGAGCUGGCAGCCCAGUUUUUGCGGGGCUGGGAACGCAAGGUCUCGGAGACCAAGAACGUGAAGUUCACCAACUCGGACAACGGCGUGCUGCACCUGCACCUGGUUUGGUACCUGCAGAAGGAGCUGAGCUUCCCUCAGGGCUCUCUGCAGAAUGCCUCCCACGCCUGGGCGAGCGUGUUGCGGCAGUUCCGAGCCUCCAAGGACAUCGGGUCCUACGACCGCUUCGUGGCCUUGGUGAAGUUGGCCCUGGGGCCCAGGAGGGACUUCAAGCAUCUGCUCGUAGGACGGCGCGGCCACGGCUUCUGUGCGGACGACUGGACCAAGAUGUAUUUGUCCAAGCUCCAUGUGUGUCACCACGCGGUGAAAAGUGCGGCGCAGCUGGUGAAGAUGAUCGGCCAGAGCUGCAUCGACAAAUCCUUGCAGUGCCUCCAGGGUCCGGCAGUUUGUGCACCCCAGACCGAGAGAGAGGCCCGUGUGAAGCUGCGGAACUUCAAGCCGGAUCGCUUCGCGCUGGGCAAUGUGAACGACAUUUCUAGCUGCUGGCCGAAUUGCACGCGGGACAUCCCCCAAGCGGUGUGGGGCCAGAUGGCGGUUGGGCUGCAGAAGAAUGGACAUUGCCUAAGUCCCCGGAUGGCCUGCUGCUGCUGAGACAGCGACCCGACCUCUCAGGGCAGUGAAAAGCUGCCUCGACUGAAGUGCAAGGAUGGCUCUGGCCAAAGUGCGCCAGGAAAUGCCUCCUGCCCCAUUGCAAGUAGUGAAUGGUGGGAUC